AUAACCUGGAAGUGACGUACAAAGGAUUCAGGAAAAUAGAGGAAAAUAAAGUUUUGGCUUAAGUCUACUCGAAAAGAUGAAAACUUUCCGUCGUUUCUUUAGUCAUCUACUCGUGAUCGUAUGGUGUUUGGAUUUCUUCUUUUUAUACGCUAGCAGCUUCCACGAGGAUGUACGAGGAAAUUCCGCGGAAGUCGAGGUUGCUCCGAGAAUGCACUCACGACAAAAGAGAUAUCUGAUCUUCCCCGAAGGUAGCAACUUACAGUUAGUGUACUGCUUGACUAUCGGAGCGUAUGGCAGAAACGAUGAUUUGGUGAUGGGUCUGACAGCAGCGUUGGCUUGGGAACUUCCGAGUAAAGUCGACUCCAAGAUAUCGGAUUUACUUCACCGUAGAAGCCGAAGUGUCAUGUUUCCGAAGGUUGAAGCUUUCUUGCAGUCCACUGGAAUCGACGGAAGAUCCUGCGUAAUGAAGGCCCUGUGCGAGGCAGGCCAAAGACAUCCAUCUCAAAUCGGCAAGGGAACCUUUAUUCAAGAACUCCUGCACGCCAUUUUUACAUUACCAAAAGAUGGAGGAAAAUUCGAACGUUUUGAGGAUCGAGCUUACGAAGCAGCGUAUGAAAACGGUGGAAACUGUAAAGAACUUUAUCCAACGUGCCGGCACUCCAUUUACAAUGUGGAUCUUUGAGAUCGGAAUAGGCGAGGCGAGACGAAAGCUUCGCCGAGAAAUCGUAAGAAAACCUGUGCGAUGUUACUGUUGCUGCUCACGGUGUAAAAGAAAAGCUCACGGUCUAAGAAAAAGCUCACCGCCAUACUCGUCGACCGUUCCCCUAAGAUCCGAUAGGAGAAAACUUUUCAAAACUGACGUAGAAACGUGCUUCAAGUUUUUUCUUUUUGUAUCUUUUUUUUCUUUCGUUUUUUUGGCUCCACUCCAAUCGAUCCUUUCGAUUCGUCCGGAUGGGAGAAGGAUAAUGCUUCAACUUCCGUCAAAAUCGUUCCGAUCUUUUUACCUCUCGGCGAGAUCUUAAGAAAGACCCUAAGGAAAUUACACACUUUUCUUUUUCUUUUUCUUUUUCUUUUUACUCCACUUUUAUUACAUUUAUGUUUAUCACACAUCUAAUAAUUUCGACCGAAGAAACGUAUGCACU